AUGGCUGACAAAACAUCACAACUAGAAGAAUUUGCAACGAAUACCAGCAACAACCUCAACAACAAUAAUUCUCCAUCGAGGCAACUAAAAGCUCACAUAUUUGCUGACAGAGCUUAUCCUCUUUUAUUCUUACAUCCAUUUAUCUUCAGUUUAAGCUCUGAUAUUUGCUGGCAGGGCUGUGAGAGAGAGGUUGCAGAAGCUGCUAAUGGUGACUCAGAUAAACUGAAAAGUGAAAGCAUUAUGCGGUUGUCAUGGGCUCUUGUUCACUCUAGACAAGCAGAAGACGUGCAGCGCGGGAUAGCUAUGCUAGAAGCAUCAUUAGCCAAUAGUAGCCCUCCUUUGCAGCAGAGAGAGAAACUUUAUCUUCUGGCUGUUGGAUACUACAGAUGUGGUGAUUAUUCAAGGAGUCGGCAGCUUGUGGAACAGUGUUUGGAGAUUGCACCUGAUUGGAGGCAGGCUCUGGCCCUUAAGAAGAGCAUUGAAGAUCGAAUUGCGAAAGAUGGUGUUAUUGGAAUUGGUAUUACUGCAACUGCUGUUGGACUUAUAGCUGGAGGGAUUGCUGCUGCAUUGGCUCGCAAGAAAUGACAAACCUCAGUCACCAAUGUGAAUAAUAAUAGUUUGCUUUUUGAAAUGAUAUAACUUGGAUUGAUGUUUUUCCAACUUUUGCCUUGAAAAAAAAUGUUUUUAAUGAUUGUUGAAACUUGAAAGUCAUACUGUAGUACCGUUGGGAUGUUCUUAUAAAUUGGAGUUAUUAGUUGUUUUGGCUUGCUA